UACAUCGUACUACUACUACUACUACUCCUACUAAGCAGUACUAUGUCCUUAUGCCAUCUACCCAAUCAUCCUCUCCCCAUGACCUGAUCUUCAUCAGCCAGGAAUCCCUCCAAGGCCGGAAGCAGGCGCGUUCACACCUCGCCCGCGCUGGCAUUCGAGCGAGGAUCCGGAGACAGAACCACCAGAUCGAGGAAAGUGGAAGUCACCGAACCACUCAGAGACGGAGUCCAUCUCCACCGAACCUGCCGGGAGGUUCGGGGUCCGCUUCCAAACCCCCCAACCCCCCCGACCCCAAACUCCCGGCGCAGAUCACGCCGUCCGGCUACUCGCUGGUCGAGUACCUAAUAUCCACUCACUUCUAUCGGGACCUCGCCAGCACCUGGGGCGUUAGCCCGGCCAUCUGUCCCGGUCCCACGCAUCUCACCCAUUGUUUGUCACGGGCGUCUCCCGUACUGGAUGCCAUCUUCCGGGCCAGCGUCGCUUUUCACUGCAUUGAUCUCAAGAUCUGGACCACCCAGGAUCAAAGGGGGAAUCUCCAGGUCGCGGCGCUGACCUACCGUGGAAAGGCUAUUGCCUCAGCACGGAAGGAACUCCUGGACUGGAUCCAGUGCGGUCCAACAGACCAUGAGGGCACCGGUCACGUGUUAACCCGCGAGGACAAUGCAGUGGAUUGGGAAGCCAGCUUCAGCAUUGUCCUGCGGCUUCUGCAGCUGGACUACCGUUUUGCCCGCAGUAGCGUUAAAUCCCAUUUUGCAGCCUGUCGUCGACUCCUCCGCGGCUCGUUGAGCGAUCUCCGGGAUGAUCGUAGAUCCAUUGGCACGCUUGCUGCAACCAUUCGGAAUCCCAGCUUGCAUCACAUCAUGAUCGCUUUUGAGUUCGCUCAGUCCACGGACGAGAGCCUUAUCUGGAGCGAUCGUGACCUGGAUUUUCUCCAGCCGUGUUUGCAGGGAUUUGUUCAUCGGGUGUCUCAACUGAUCGCGGCCAGUGGUCAUUCUGACCCGCAAACGUCUCCCCGGCUCCCGCCGUCGACCAUCUUGUGGCGAUGCCUGGCCAAGGAACCGGGAACCGUCGCCUCGAACAUAUAUGGCGAUGUAUCCGAGGCCAGUGUCCAGUUGGGGAGUAUUAUGGUCCUCUGCUCGGUCUUUCUGGACUACGAGGGGAGUUGUGACAACCCGCCCUCUAUCCCACAACAGUGUGUCGACGAGCUCGAAAACGCGCUGUUCUCUCUAGGAGAAAGCGAAGCAGUGUCCAGCGCUCUCAACGUCUCAUGGCUGUUAGGGGGGGGAUUGGGAUUACCCAUCCAUCGCCGGCGCGAGCGACUCUGGUUAGUUUCAGGGUUUGUAUACGCUUUGAAAAGACGUGGGUGUUUUAGUGACUCAACCUCGGAGAUCGACUUGAACGCCGACUCUGUAAAAGAGAUUUGCUUGGAUUUCCUGCGCAAUAGGACGGAGACAGGGUGAUGAGCUAUUUUAUGUGCCAUGUUCUUGUGGACUAAACCCUAGUCCUUGAACCCUGGCGCAUCCCGGGCGAUCUCAAUUUUUAUCCCGAUUAGGAAAUUUCCUAAUCGG